CAGCGUGAAUAACUACAUCGCCAAAUACGAUUUGCAAAGAAGUAGCGAUGUUUGACCUCAAUAAUUGCCAACAGGGCCCUAUUCUUUCUCCAAAAUUAGCGUCAGUAGCCUGACGGCACGCCCAAUGGGUAUUCGUUUUGUGAGUUUGUUUUAUUUUUAUUCGGGGGAAUUUAACGGGGGUCCCCUCGCAAAUAGCGCAUGCAGAGCGCGGUUCUCUUAUCGCCACCAACGUCGCGGAGAUCCGUCAACAAAGACUUGCCGUCUCGCACCUCAUCACUUGUUCGGCUCGUUGGAGGCGCGCUCGAAGUAAAUGCCUCUGUACAGAGCCACCCGGGACAUGAUUCGGAGAUUCGGAAGGGUUGUGAGCUACCACAGGCGUGCUCCUAAGGUGUGUCCUACUAGGACACGGCUUCUGCAGCCACAAGCGACCAGUCAGCAGCAGUCCGCCCGCUUUAUCAAUCGCUAUGCAUCGCUGGAAACUACGUCCCAUGCAAAUCGAGUGUUUGUACCGGCCGAAGAGUUUCAGCACGACAAGGAGAAACCUUUCGAUACACAUGAAAAUGGUCCCGUGAAUGUGGAAGACCUUCUGUUUGAUAUGUUCAAGGAUGCAGAUGAUGCAGUCUGCGUGGGAAAGUUCUUGAAUGCACUGUUCACAACUGGGCUGUGGAAGAAUGAUCCACGUCUCAAGGAGAUGAUGCAGAACUUGAGAAACGUUCACAAGGAGAAAUCACCCGUCCGUUCACUUGAAUCGCUUGCUCUGAACAGGGAAACAUUUGCUCAAGUGAUCCGAGAGAACAUCGUUCUCAUCACUCGAGCCCUGCGCCACCAGUUUGUGAUUCCAGACUUUCAAGACUUUAUUCGCUAUGUUGAGGACUUCUACUGGAAGUGCAAAGUGAACACUGGUGGAAAGGUGGCUUCCUACAUUCCCCAGCUGGCCAAGUACAAUCCAGACUAUUGGGGAGUGAGCAUCUGCACUGUGGAUGGCCAGAGGUUCUCGAUCGGAGACACAGAGAUUCCGUUCACGAUCCAGUCGUCUGGCAAACCCAUCAACUAUGCCAUUGCGCUCACCGAGCUUGGCUCAGACGCUGUCCAUCAAUACGUGGGCCAGGAACCAAGCGGCAGGAUGUUCAACGAGCUUGUCCUCGAUUACAACAAAAAACCACACAAUCCCAUGGUUAAUGCUGGAGCCAUUGUCGUUGCUUCGCUGCUCCUGUAUCUUUUGCAGCCAGAGAUGAGGACGUCUGAGAAAUUUGACUGGAUGCUCCAGUACUACAAAGCAGUGUCGGGAGGCGAGUAUCUUGGCUUCAACAAUGCCAUAUUUCUUUCGGAGAGAGAAGCUGCUGACAGAAACUAUGCCAUAGGGUUCUACAUGAAGGAAAACAAAUGCUUCCCUGAGAGGGUCAACCUCAAGGAAACCAUGGACUUCUACUUUCAGCUGUGUUCUCUCGAAGUUAACUGCCAGUCCGUGAGCGUCAUGGCAUCAACAUUAGCCAAUGGUGGUAUCUGCCCCGUCACUGGCCACCAGGUUAUGAAUGGGGUGUCCUGUCGGGAUGUCCUGUCGCUGAUGCAUUCAUGCGGAAUGUACGAUUAUUCCGGCCAGUACGCCUUCAAGGUUGGCCUUCCAGCCAAGUCUGGUGUCUCGGGCUGCACAAUGGUGGUGGUGCCCAAUGUGAUGGGCAUCUGUCUCUGGUCACCCCCUCUGGACGUCUACGGAAACUCUGUCCGAGGCGUGCAGUUCUGUGAGGAGCUGACUAGGGUGUUCAGCUUCCAUCACUAUGACAAUCUGCGCCACAUCACACAGAAGAAGGACCCCCGGCGGCAAAAGUAUGAGACCAAGGGCCUCAAGGUGGUCAGCCUGCUCUUCAGUGCUGCCAGUGGGGAUGUCACAGCCAUGCGUCGCCACUACCUGUCGGGCAUGGAUAUGGGGCUGAGUGACUACGAUGGCCGCACAGCCUUGCAUCUGGCCGCUGCCGAAGGCCACCUGGAGUGCGUGGAGUUUUUACUAAAAAUCUGCGGUGUGGACGCCAAUGUCAAGGACAGGUGGGGCCACACCCCGCUAGACGACGCACGCCAAUUCGGCCACGCUUCUGUGGCCGACUAUCUUGCCAAGUGGGAGGCACCCUCCUUGACUGCGGCGGUGGCAUCUGUCGCCAACCAUCAGCCACAGGCACCAUUGCCGCAGAACGACGCCGACAGCAGCGACGCCCUGCCACCGGCCCCCAAGGCAGCAGCGGCCGAUGGCACCAGCCGUCCCGACAUUGCUGCUUUUAAGGGCAAAAGGUGAAUGGCACGUCCAGUCCGCAUCGGCAGGGAUCCUUUGUCCACGCUUAGUGGCGUAAGUGGAGGCUGUGCAUCCUCUCUCAGAAAUUGUUUCCUACUAACUUUAUAGGAUGCCUGCCCCUUCACUUCCGUAACUUUCUCGCUGGGAAGACCGAUGCGAGCGUUGGCCCCCCUAGGAACUUUCCCGUUCCGCUAUUCUGCUUUUGAUGCCAGCAAGAACUGUCUCGAUGUCGUGUGUGCCUACUGGCUGAAGCGGUGGAAGUGGUUGGGCUGAUUUACUCAAUUAAAUUUCUGCAGUGCUGAUAAGUGUUCACUGGAACAUCAAUGCAUUUCGCCACAGAUCUUUAAGGCUUACUUCUUGAAACUGGUGCUACCACAGGAUUACUGCAAAAUGGAUAUUACUUCAGUACUGUUUGGCUUCAAUUCCGCAGUCGGGAAAUGUGCUCUUUCCGUAGUGUCUUUCUGAAAGCUGCAUUGAUGGCACAACAUAUUGCUAUAAAGCAAGCAAGAAGCAUUCUGUAGACAGCUGAAACAUCUGGUUAGAAUCACUCUGAGAAAUGGUUGCCUCUUUCAAGCUGAAAAGAAAUGGUUUCAGAGCCUGUUUUUAUAGCUUUAUCUCCAAAGCAACUGCAAUGGCUCCAAAUCGCUUGGCUGUGUUGACUUGCAGAUGUACAACAUCUGGUAUCGUGGCAUGUUGCUUGACCUAGGAGGCCAUGACACGUCUUCUUGUAGAAUCGUCAGUGUAAAAGAUGUUGUGACUUUUCAAGUUCAAAUAACUUCUUGUUUCAGUCAAGCUUCGUAGUGCAUGGGAAAAUGUGCAUAAGUAAAGAAUUAGAACCAUGUGAGCAUUCAAAUGUCAUACAAGUCAAGAAAAUCCUGUAUUGAAACAUACUGAAGAAUAAGUGCACAAGCAGUAUAAAAAAUGUACACUGUGCAAGAAGUGAUGGCAGUGCAGAAAUUUAACCAUUAAAGACUGUUUUCAGUCUACGCUUGGAUAAAAAGAACUAAGUCUGGCUUGCCAUAAACAUGAUCUGAUUAUGAGGCACGCCGUAGUGAGGGACUACAGAUUAAUUUGGUCACCUGGGGUUCUUUAGAACCCAAUGCAUGGUACACGGUCUUUUUGCAUUUCGCCCCCAUCGAAAUGCGGCCACUGUGGUCGGGAUUUGAUCCUGCAACCUCAUGCUUAGCAGUGCAAUGCCAAAGCCACUAAGCAACCACGGCAGGUUACACUUGGAUACAGGAAGAGACAUCUUUCAGUUGCAUUGUUAAAGACUUAAAAAAUAAGAUAGCAGAUGAAUGCCACUUAAUGUAAUGUCUCUAUCCCAACCACUUCCGAUACUCCGGCCAGUUAUUGUGCACUGCAGGAAAACAGCCCUUGCAGGGAUCAAAGUCAAAGUAGAGCAGCUUAUGACACAGCCGCUGCACGCUUUUGCCCUUUCUAACCUCAACCUGCGGACACGCGAUGGUGCUGAUGCUGAACACAUAUAAAUUGCGUGUAUGCGUGUAUUCUUAAUUCACACUGCUAUCCUUCUGCUGUGUUCAGUGCAUGACCUUUCCAGUGUUGCUUACAUAGGGAUCAGAAGUUUGUGUAUGUGUGAAAGCCAAUUAUGCAAGUGUCACAUGAAGUUUUGUUCAACUCUUAUGUGGCACAGGUGCCAUUGAAACAUCUAGUUACUGUGAAACUGUGGAAAAUCUCAGGUCCAAUAUAGUUCUGUGAUCUUAUGCAUGUUGGCAGUGUAAAGAACUGUUAGCACUAUUUAGCAGAUCUUGUACAUUGUUAGUGCAAAGUGCUGCUUUUAUAAGAGUAUAGUAGUCAUAGCGACGAUGCACUUCUGGAUUUCCUAAAAUUUGCUAAGGAUGAAAAAAGUUAGUUAUUGAAAUCCUAAUGUUGAAUGUCCUUGAUGAAAUGGAUUGUUGAGGUGAUAAAAUCUUCAAUAUUAUUGCAUUUCCCAAUAUAGUUGAGCAAUGGGCCAAUUAAUUUAUGGAAUACAGAUCUCAUCCCAUUGGAUGCCAUGUUUGCCAAACAGUGUUCUUGUCACGUCCUGCAAGAGUUCGGAGUGACGUUACUGGAAUGUAAUAACCUAACUUCUGGAAUACCAUAUAAGUAAUAUUAGACUGGAGAUUGUGCCAGGAUUGGAAAUAACAUACGAGAGACUAGGCAUAGCCUUGAAAUGCCUGGUUAAGCUCAUUUCUACAGUUUCAGUGCAGUUCUGGAAGCAUUUCAGUGAGGCUAGUUAAUUGCUUGUAAAUUAAGAAAGAUUGCAUUACAUUUGAAAAUACACAUGCGCUUAACCUGGUAAUUUUCACAAACUUUCCUGGCACAUUAAGUGAGUCACGAGUAAACUUCUUGAAAUCCAUGACAUCACAACGUCGCAUCAUUGGUUCCACUGUUUGGGUGGGAAAUUGAAGGUGGAAGAACAAGUUUUAUUUUUUUUCUGCUAACAAAUCGUCUUUUUCCACAGUAUGCAAAGGGAGCUAGCGUCAAAAUUGCAAUAAAAUAUGUAGCCUCCUUGAUUCGCAAGAGGGUCGCUCCCCCCUACUUGGGUCACCAACUACUUCAAUUGCUUGCUUCCUGGCCAGCUGGGGUCACUCAACUCAUUUGCAUGUACUGUAUGUUGCAUCAAUAAGCGAGCUUGGUACGAAUACUUCUAGUGAAACCACAGGCUUGUGUACACGAAACUUUUGCACACAGAUGGUGCAUGGUGCAUUUUGCUUAAUACUAUCUCGGUGCAGUGCUUCACUUGUCUCGUCCUACAUUCUGGGACAACGACAGACCAAGAAAAACGAACAAUUUCCUUGAGGAAAUGAACAAUGGUUAGAACUGAAUCAUCCACCAUUAAGACAAUGAAAUGUAGAGAGUGGUUGUCACCCUUUGGACGACAGACAGCAUCACCACUCAUUUCAUAGAGAAAUUCUACCCUGAGAAAUUCUAUCAUUGCUGCAAAAGAUACGUACUUAUAUUCCGUAAAAAGCAAGUAAACACUGCAGCUAAGCAUAUCAAGCUAAAUGCACCACGAAAUGUCAACUGUGUGAUAUUUGAAUGCAAAUGUGGCGGUGGUUCAGCAAGAAGAGUUAUUUAUGCCAGGUUUAAUUAUCUAACCAACAUUCUAUAUAAAGUGCCCGCCGCUGAGGAGCAUUGUUAAUUUUUCACAGGAAGCAUAAGAGCACCACUAAUAGACUUAUUUCACUUCUAGUCUCUCACUACACCACUGCUGCUGCAAAGCAUGCCAGUAGGUGUAGUCGUUGGCGGGCUGAAGAGCAACUAUGUUAAGAAGCAUGUUGUACCAUGACAAGUCCACUUGAGAUUGCGGCAGAGAUUGCACUGGAGAUCAAAAGGCAGGGAGAGGACAAUAUGAAGGUUCUACAAUAGGAGUUAGGGUGAGGAAUGCACCCCCUAGCUUACCUCUAAAAUUCAACGCAAAAAUUACUGCAGGUACUGCAUAAAAACGAUGAGGACUACUGUUGUCAUGGUGCUGGUAGGGCCACCACACAUAUGCUCCGAGUGUGGCGAGAUUGAUCUAUUUGCAGCCUGGCUGCUACAUUGUCGCCUCAGCUGACAGAAAGUAAGCAGUGUGCCCUUGUGCACAGGGUUGACUUCAAUUCAAGUUUUAAUUUUAUUUGGUGUUGCAUUUCAUUGUACAGAUAUCCACCCACUGUUCGGGCACAUAGCCAAAGUGCUUUUAUGCCACGAUGUGGCCUGCUGGGCCUGAAGUGUACUGUGCAAAGGCAUCGUGUUGGAAUGAACUUGCACAACCCAGUCCAGCAUUACCGGCUAGUCUGCAGCAUGACUUGGUGUUUUCCUUCUAUGUCCCUUUCAUGCCUUUCUUGCAAACCAAUGUGAAACCACUAAACUGCAUACGAGACCCCAAAAUACAGAUUGCCAAUCUGUGUAAUGUACUUAUGCUUAAAACGUCAUUGUGUGGGCUAGAAAAAGUGCAUGAUGCACACUUUAAUGUACCCUGGUUAUAGAUCUGUUUCUUAAGUCACGUUGCUAUGAUUUUAAUUCGCAAUGUCAUUUUAUUUAUUGGACUUAUACAUCGUGUAUGCAACCGUAGCAUGUUGCUUUUACUUCUUUACUUGCCCUUUUGGCAUUAUAUAUUUUAAGAAUCUGUUAGCACUGCAUAGAUUUUAUGUACAUAGAAAUUGUUCAUAGUUGCCAUUUGUUUUUGGUUGUGUUCAUUAAACAAUUUUGUGACUUUUGUACCUGUAAAACUACACCUUACCGAUCAGAGUAAUGCUGUAUGUGCAACUCUUGCAAACUGUGACUAUGGUGUCGGCGGAGUUGGACGACCUGCAGAACCAGUAUACUGCUGAAUUGCAAUAUGUUAUAGUAAUAGAGCUCUCAAAAAAAAUCACUAGAGGCAACUCUGGCACCAAUGUCUACGGGAGCUGGAGGUAUGGCAGCUCAGACAGCAUUGUAUCGAUAGGCAGUGCAUGGAUUUUCCCAAACUCCGACCUUCUGGCUUAGAAUGGCUUUGUGAAUUUUCAAAUGAAUAAUUUUCAACAAGAUAUUGCGUUAUAAGUACAACCAUACGCAAUAGUUAUGCAUGUGGACGGAGACAUUGCCUUGCUGUGUUUAGAAAACUACGAGUGUUUGGAACUUUAGUAAGCUAAAAGCGCAAUAAAUAAUGCCACAAGAUCAUCUGAAGUCACAUGCAUGAAGGUUAUACAAAUCCUUGUACGUCACCGUGACUGAAAUGUGGAGAGUGGUUUAGGCUAUGGUAGUUGAACAAUUGCAGCGCACGAGCUCCCUCUUGUAAUUUUUGCUAGAAACUCUAUGGUUGCAAUGACUUGAUUCUUGCAAGAAUCUUGUAGUCAGCUGUUUUUUUUUUUUUUUUCUUCAAGUCUGAUCUGAUUUUUACAUCUAUUCUGCUGAACACAUGCACUUAAUCUUUCAUGAACAAUAUCCAUAACAAUGAAAGCUACAGAAAUUAUGUCCAGUGCGUUUGAGUAAAAUGAAGAGCACGGAAUUUAAUUUGUCCACAGCAUUGCACUUGGCAUUUGUUCAAUGGAAUGGUGAUGAAUGCACACCUUUUGAUAAGCUUUUGUAUGGUGAAGAAAAGUGUGGUGAAUGGUGCUUGAAGAGUACAAUGCUUUGUGUAGGAUGUUCAGCUCGACUAAAUAUGUGCAGGGCUGCUUUGUCGUACAGUAUUGUAACAUGCUCAAAUAUAGGUUGACUCUCACUUGACUUUUUUUUAACAAAAAUUUCUAAAUUGGGAAAUUUGAAUUGUAUUCACGACUUUAAAGGGGAACUGCAACACUAUAAAAAUGCAGGAAAAAAAAACUUUCUCGAUGUGUACACGAGCCACAUAUUAUUCCGCUGCACGCAGUGAUCGCUCACGCUCUCCUGCGGUCCCCUCUAUUAUGCACCGCCUAUGGCGUCAUAGACCCAAACGACAGCCAUAGAUGCCAUUCAUUUGUGAUCGUGAGUUACUCCCAAGCCAAAGGUCAUGCACACACACACAUCCCUCCAUUCUUCUAGCAAACUGAGAAGCGGCAGUUGUUAGUGUGUCACGUCCAUCCUGUUACCAUUUCUUUGUCGCAGUUUGCCGCCUUUGUCAGCCGGCAACCUUGAAGAUUAGAGCAACUGAAAGUUGAGCAAGUUGGUAGGGACUUUUGUUACUGAAAGGCGAAAGGUCGCACAAUGGCGGAAAAGAAAAAAAGACACAAAACUUACCUACGCGUGCUCGAGGGAAGGCAGCGCCAACCUGCCAGUCAUAGACACAUGCGGGCAUUCACGUAAGAUAAAUGUUUAGGCAUGACAAUUCCUCUUUGUGCAAGGCAAUUGAGAGCUGACUUAAUGAUAUGCGAUGCCUCAUAAACUCGCCUAAUUGAGGGCUGACUUAACGAUAUGCCAUGCCUCAAUUGUAAGGUGUACUUCGGUCUUGUGUCUGAACAAAACCAUACUUUUAGACGGUGUUCCACUGGUAGGGAGUAUUUAUGCUCAGUUAAUCUCUGACUGAUGCAAGACCUGUCUGCCCUACAUAAAAAGUUACCCCAGCUAAAAGUUGAUAGUCGGCGUUUGUGUUGGUCCUACUUGCCUCCUUGUUUGCGUGCCUGCCUUUCAGUAACGUCAACCUAAAGAGUGACCAUAAGUGCACCGUGAAAAGAAGAAAAACUAAGCAGGCAAUAGGCCAUCAAGUUGCUAUCAGUGCUACCCCAGUGGGGAGAAAACAUUUAUCAAAAUUUCCUGCAGGAAUAUAUUCAUUGAAAGCCAUCUUAACUUACUCCAGUACAUUCUCAGUUAUUGAAGAAAAGGUGUUGCAUGACCCCUUUAUUUUCGGUCUAUAAUAUCAUUAAGUAUACCAAAGUGGGACAAUUCACUUUCCACUGUGAACUCCGAUUCAGGCGAAGAACAUCGCAGGUCCUAAACAGGCUGGAGGGUGACGUUAUCGGAAAGCCGAUUCCAGGAGUUUCAUCGAACCUUCUAGGCAGCUAACAGCAAUGCCUUUUGCCGAUGCAUCAGGCUCAGGCAGUAAUGUGUUAAAAUAAGUAAUAUGUCAUGUUAUAGUAUUCUCUCCUGUUAUUUGAAAGCUACAGGCUGAAUUAUUUUUGUUUCUCUGUGUUUCAGUACAUCAAAAGUUGGGCCCUUAAUUACUCAACCUGUAUUUGACAGUGUCUUGUGAGGGAAGCCGUUUGCGAGUUGCAACAAUGUGGGGCCAUAUUCUGGAAUGAUCACUUUUGGAAACACUUUCACCUUUACCCACUGGAUUGACUUAGUAGCUAUGGUGGCCUUGUGCAGUGCACGAAGUCACCGUCAUAAUUCUGCAGCUGCAUUAGGCAAUACUCGCCUACUUACUUUUAAUGUCAUGAAUGUGGAGCCCUCCACCACAGCCCAGCUAUUGCCUUGGGAAGUUAGACAGUUGCUCCCAUUUUCCGAUUUUAUUCAUUAUGCCUGCUAUUGCAACCAGUUUGUCACAGGUGGUGUCCCCAGAAGUCAACGUUCCAAGAUAGAGCCCCCAUUUAUUGUUGCAUAAGCGUGAUAAUAAUGGUGAUGCGUCAUCAUAUAGUGUGACAAGUCUUUCAGCGUGAAGGAACACUGGUGCCUGCUCUGUUUUGUGUGUAAAGUUCUAAGGCUUUUGCAUCAGCUGUGCAAAUGUCGCUUUCCCUGUUGCAUUACUAUAAAAGUGAUGUCUAUAGAAUGUGUUGUGAAGGAAAGCACAGUGUUUCUAUUAUGUGAUUGCUGCACUUGUGUCUGUAGCUGUAUUCCAGAUAGCAUUGCAAAGCAUCUGAUAUGGCAGCCCAAGGUCAGUCUUUGAAGACGACCGUUUGCCCAACAUUAAAAUGAACAUGGUCUGACAAAA